AUGGUUGUUGACACAGAAUAUUAUGACAUCUUACAAAUAAAACCAGAUGCUACACAGGCUGAUAUCAAAAAAGCAUAUCGUAAAAGAUCUGUUAAAGACCAUCCAGAUAAGAAUCCAAAUGAUCCAAAUGCAACUGAAAAAUUUCAAGCUAUUUCUCAAGCAUACCAAGUGUUAAGUAAUGAAGAACUAAGAGCUAAAUAUGAUAAACAUGGUAAAGAAUCUGCUGUUCCAAAUGAAGGUUUUGAAGAUGCUGGUGAAUAUUUUGCUAUGAUUUUUGGUGGUGAAGCUUUUGUUUCUUAUAUUGGUGAAUUAAGUCUUUUGAAAGAUAUAACUAAAAGUGCUGAAUUGAAUGAAGAAGAAAAAGAAGCUGAAGCUAAAGAAGAAAAACUUAAAGAAGAAUCAAAAGAGGAAGUAAAGAAUGAAGAUGAUAAACCAAAGAAAGAUUCAAAUACUAAUACAAAACCAAAUGUUGAUGAUACUACCAAUACAAAAGAUUCAAACAAUACCAAUAAAACGAGGUCAAAUUUCAAUGAAAAAGUAACAUUAAGACUUUUACAACAUGCUGAAAAUGCAGAAGCAGAAGCUGAAUCUGAACAACAAGGUAAAGAAACUGAACCAAAAAAGGAAAAAUCAAAAUUAGAAGAACAUGAAGAAGAAGUACAACGUAAAAAAGCAGAAUCAAUUGAAGAAUUAUCUAAAAAGUUAAUUGAAAGACUUUCGGUCCUAACAGAAUCUGAAUAUGAUGAAGAUUGUAAACAAGCAUUCAAAUCAAAAUUUGAAAUUGAAGCAAAUAUGUUAAAAAUGGAAUCUUUUGGUCUUGAUAUCUUACAUACAAUUGGGAAAGUUUAUUUAACAAAAGGUGAAAUUUUUUUAAAUUCUCAACAAUUUUUAGGUAUACCUGGUUUUUUUUCAUCUGUAAAGGCAAAAGGUAAUAUAGUUAUGGAUACUUUUAGAACAAUUUCUACAGCAUUAGAUGCUCAACAAACAAUGCAAGAAUUAGGAAAAUUACAAGAAUUAAAAGCCUCAUCAGAAGAAUUAAUUGAUGAAAAAACUGGUGAAAUUAUUCCAAAACCAACAGAUGAAGAAAUUGCUGAAUUAGAAAAAUUACUGAUGGGUAAAGUUCUUAAUGCUGCAUGGCAUGGUUCAAAAUAUGAAAUUCAAUCUACAUUAAGAGAUGUUUGUGAUAAAGUAUUAAAAGAUCAAACUCAAAAUAAGAAAACUCAAAUUAAGAGAGCUGAAAGUUUAAUACUAUUGGGUAAAGUUUUCAUAAAUACAACAAGAACAAAAUCUGAACAAGAAGAAGCUCAAAUUUUUGAAGAAAUUGUUGCUGAAGCUACAAAGAAGAAACAAAGUAAAUGA